UGUUACAGGUGUGUGUAUGCUGCUGCUGUCUGCACCGACAGUUUCUGCAGUGUCUCUGUCUGUUGGUCCAAACCUUCAGCAGGUCUUCAGAGGAUCUUUAGUGGAUCUGAGUUGUGUUGAUGAUGGACUGAAAGCUGAUGGGUGGACAGUGAAGAGGACCAGAGGAAACGUCCCUGAGGACUGUGGGGCAGAUGCAGCCUUUGGGACGCUUCCUGGUUCCUACUGUGUUGUGGAUCUUUCUGCUCCCAAUGAAACCUUCUGGUGUGAGGACUCCUCUGGACAGAAGAGUGACAACGUCUCCUUCAGUGUCCAAUCAGAGACUACAGAAAAAAGUGUCAUCCUGGAGAUCCCUGCACUUCCUGUGAGGACAGGAAGUAAUGUCACUCUGCGCUGCAGAAAGAGGAAUGGCGCCACAGUCAAAGCUUAUUUCCACAUCAAAGGAAGUUCUGUUGGUCAUAAACAAGCGUACAUCAUCAAUAACACCCAGCAGGCUGACGAAGGUCUCUACUGGUGUUCUACUGAUGAGAGUGGAAAGACUCCUCGGAGCUUUCUGAGGGUCAGAGAUCCUCCCAAAAUCAUCCAUCUUCCUCCUCCUCACUGUCGAAGUAAAAACCCGUCUCCUCCUCCUGUGGAUGUGACCUAUGCUGAUGUCACGAUCAAACAGAGAGCCAACAGGAGAGGUAGGCUGUCACCAUGUGUGCUGUCAUCAAAAUAA